GGAAAGGAGGGGAGGAGCGGAAAAGGGCGGCAGCAGCAACAGCAACAGCAACAGCUUUAGCCACUUGGAUUGGAUUCACAUUCAACCGAAUUAUGGGUCUUGAAAUCCACAGCGAAGACGCAAUUCAUGGUGCUCCCCUCAUUCUUGGGUUACAGCCCUCUGCUCUCGUUGACCACGUCGCAACUGUUGAUUCCUCCCUCCUCUCCCGCAUCCCCGGCGAGCCCGGCGGCUCCUUCCCUGUUGCGGCUGAAGAGCUGAAGUUCGUCUUGAGCGAGGUUAAUAGCCAUUUCGAUGCUUCUCCUGAAAAGGGGGCUUCGUUGAAGACCAUAGCAGGUGGUAGUGUUGCUAAUACAAUCCGAGGUCUGGCUGCUGGUUUUGGGAUCACUUGUGGCAUAAUAGGGGCUUGUGGGGAUGAUGAAGAGGGAAGUUUGUUCAUUGAAAACAUGAGCUCCUACAACAUUAAUCUGUCGAGAUUGAGGCUUAAAACCGGGCUAACCGCCCAGUGUGUUUGCUUGGUUGAUGAAUUUGGCAAUCGUACUAUGCGGCCAUGUCUCUCGAGUGCAGUGAAAGUUCAGGCAGAUGAUUUGACUACAUCGGAUCUUAGAGGUUCCAGGUGGCUAGUGAUGAGAUAUGGAAUCUUUAACAUCGAAGUUAUUCAGGCAGCCAUUAGAAUUGCCAAACAAGAAGGUGUUUUAGUUUCCCUCGACCUCGCCAGUUUUGAGAUGGUAAGGAAAUUCAGAUUGCCACUUCUACAGUUGCUUGAAUCGGGAGGUGUAGACCUUUGCUUUGCAAAUGAGGACGAGGCUGCUGAGCUCUUGAGUGAUGAGAAAGUAGAUCCUGAAUCAGCUCUCGAGUUCCUUGGGAAACACUGCCGAUGGGCUGUAGUGACUUUAGGCGCUAAAGGGUGCAUUGCGAAGCAAGGGAACGAGGUUGUCCGAAUCCCAGCAAGCGGAGAGUCGAAGGCAGUUGAUGCAACAGGAGCCGGGGACCUCUUUGCUAGCGGGUUUCUGUACGGGCUGGUGAAGGGAUGGACGUUGGAGGAGUGCUGCAAGACCGGGGCAUGCAGUGGUGGCUCGGUGAUCAGGUCGCUCGGGGGGGAGGUAAGUCGAGAGAACUGGCAGUGGAUGUAUAAACAAAUGCGGAUCAAAGGGCUUCCUGUGCCUGACCACAACAAUUUUGUUUAUGACGAAGUCAUGAUCUAGAGAUACAUGCUGUCUUUAAUAAUCCCUUUGCAAACAAUGUUGUAGACUGAUAUCUAUUAUUCACGGCCUAUAUAAAUGAAAUUUUGCUGA